GCGAUGUGCUACGCAAAUGAUGUUUCUCUGACUUCUCGCGUGUGUCGGACACUGAAGAAGAAUUCAAUACUGACCCGUGACCAAACAGUGGCCCUAACUGUUCUAUAUAAAGAUUUAGGAGACUGACUUGCCUAGUCUUCCUCUUUUUCUUCCCUCGGUCCUUCGGAAGUCAUCAUGCUGAUCGGCGGCGGUCCGCUCCUAAAAAGCUUGGUAAUCUAAGCAUCAGAUAGGAGAUAUAGCACUGGCCCGAUGACCUCACUGGUGGGUCUCCGGUCAAGUUACACGGAGUCCCAUCCAUGCGCAAUAGACAGAUACGGCAUCCCCCUGAAGGUAUAAGUGCCAUCACUUCACAGUCUUUCACAGAUCUCGUCGACUUGGGCUUCACUUCACACGGACAGUAUGGCGAUUUCCAUUCUCACUCUCAACGACGGCAAUCAAGUCCCCUGGAUCGCAUUUGGUACCGGUACAGCACUGUUUCAGCAAGACGUACAGAACACUGUCGAAACCGCCAUUGCCAACGGUUUCACGCACCUCGAUGGUGCUCAGAUGUACGAGAAUGAAGAGAGCUUGGGCGCCGGCAUCAAGGCGUCCGGCAUGCCCCGCUCUGCACUCUUCGUCACCACUAAGCUCCAUCGUCUGCAGCCCGGCCAGACUGCCAAGACCGCGCUGCACGUAUCGCUGAAGAAGCUUGGUUUGGAGUACGUGGAUUUGUAUCUCGUGCACGUGCCCGGCCACCAUGCGGGCCACCUGAAGGAGGUGUGGAAGUCGAUGGAAGAGUGCAAGAGGGAAGGACUAUCGAAGUCUAUUGGAGUGUCAAAUUUCGAAGUUGAACACUUAGAAGAGAUCUUAGAGGGCGCUGAGUUUCCGCCUUCGGUCAACCAGAUUGAGAUUCACCCGUAUGUGUGGAAGUCCUUACAAGCUGUGAUCGCGUUGCAUAAACAACACAACAUCGUCACGUCCUCUUUUGGUGGCCUAUCACCACUCUUCCGCGCAUCAGGAGGACCCUUGGACCCCAUAAUCGAGAAAAUCCGGGCACGUCUCGAGUCUACUCGAGGAGAGCCUGUGUCAGUUGGACACGUGCUCAACAAGUGGUUGCAGCAAUAUGGUUUUUUGGUCGUGACCACUUCGACCAAGGCGGAUAGGAUGAGAGAGUAUCUUGAUACAGCCAACGUUCCGCAGUUGACGGCCGAGGAAAUUGAGUUGAUUGAGAAUGCUGGAGCGCAACGUCACCAGAAAAUUUUCUCGAACUGACAUCUUUAGGGUGCAGUUGUCACUCGGUCAGCAGUGACCGUCCUGCGUACAGGCAAGGAAGGGAAAGCAGGCAGAUAGCGAAACACAACUGUCUUCUUAACAUCAUUGUAAUUCAACGCGACAAUAAAUGCACCAGCUAGCGUAUCACAACACCCCUACUAGCA